GCAGCGCGAGCACCUGGACGCGCGCGAAAGACAGCUGAAUGCGAACGGCUCGACGUCGGGGACGGACACAUAUACCCGCCAGACAAAACGAGUAAAAUAACCAUUUUUAUUUGCUGUGCUGCGAUUGAUGGCAUGCACCGUCGGCAUACUGCGGUCCUCUCUCAUUUGAGGCACUCACUCACCCAUCCUAGACAUGCGACCUGAAGGAAGGUAGCCCCCUCGUGUGACGGGUGGGCUGCGCGGACAAUUUCUCAAUGUUUGGCCACUCGGUUGCCCAGGCAACGCGUGACAUUCCUGAGCCAAGUCGCGUCUUCUGCUUCUGUGUUUUCCACCGAAACUAUCAAAAUAGGGAGCCGUGGAAGCGUCAGUGUCCGAAAGACGUCAUACCUUUUCCAAAAUGCCUGACAAUACUACAGAGGAGAUUUUUAGCUCACCCCAGAUCAACAUUCCCCCUACUUUUCCAUUCAUUCUGAAGCAGUAUGCGAAAGCUGCCAUUCGCACUCAGCCAUAUGAUCUAUUGAGGUGGUCAGCUUCCUACUUCAGAGCUCUUGCUAAAGGAGAAGAACCUCCGAUCAAGGAUCGCUUGGAGUACCCUCCCCCAGAUACUCCAUCUGGUUUGUCGCCAGGAUAUUUGAAAGUGUUGAUUAAACAGAUUGGAAAAGGAGGAGUGGUGACUGUCAGUCAGUUAAUGGAACGAUGGAGUGGAAUUUGCUUGGCUGAGGAACCUUUGCAAGAAAUGCUUGCUGUGGGACAGUUUGGUGAAACAUUCGACUGGUUACAUUUUGUUGCUGUAGCUGCAGGGUUCCUCUCCAAUAAUCUCACACAAACAAUGGUUUUGCUUUGCAACCUUUUGACGGAUGAACCAGACGGAGGGUCUGCUAUGAUUCCGCUGCAAAUAUUUACAAAGCUCUACACUUUCCUUGCAUCUCUUGACUGUGGGGGCAUUGAUGACCAAGAUGAGGAGAGUGAGGAACAGCGUCAAUAUAUCAUAUCAGCAGGGCUUAGGGAUGAAGUCAGCUUGUACUCCCGUGAUUCAGCUUCCUUGAAAAGAGAAAGCGUUGAGUCCUGUCCAACAGACCCUUCCAUUUACAAAGUUAACUGGGGGUCCCACAGUGCACAUCAGCUCUACGUGGAGACAAGCAGCCCCUUCCCUAGUCCAAAUUCAUCACGUCCUUGCACUCCUUACCACAAUAUGGAAAAUGCUAGCACAACUACUCUUACACCUCAAUCCAGCAGAGGUGUCCAUCCUGAAAGUGAAGAUGGGGCUCACCUGGAGACCUUUUAUGAUGCAGAAGUGAAAGGUAGCAUACACUCAAGUCAAGAAUUGACCAUUGAGGGAAAUAAUUUGAAGAUGACUGAACCUCUCACCACUUCUCCUGGUUUGUCUUCUGGCUCAGAUCAUGAUAAGAGAAGUGUCAGCUUGAUACAACAAAGAUCUCUAGAUGAACCAAAGUUAACAACCAGUAUAUCUGCACCAAAUACUGCGUAUACAUAUGUAACAGAAAAAGCAAGCCCUUCCAAACCAGCAAACGGUCGCGGAGAUGUGGAUGAGAAGUUGUUUUCUCCAAAAGUCCUGUCGCAAGAGCCUGUGGUAAAAAGUAAGAGGGUAUUUCAUGUACCUGGCAUUGGUGCUGCUAUUGAUGCUGUCCAAAUGCAAGCUGUGAUAGAUUAUCUUGAAGGUGUAGGUAUAAAACAAGAUGGAAUGGUGAAACCCUGUAACAUUCGUCACUUCCUUUGUCCUCCUUUAGAGAAGGUCCCAGCAUCUCAGAAAACAAGGGUUUAAUUAUUGCUCAUUAGCAUGUUGAAUAACUUGCUUUUGUUCCCAGCUUACUGUUCUUCCGUUAUUGUAGGAAUUUAUUACACUGAUGUCUCACAAGAGAUCAGGUCUUUUUAAAGUCAGUCAAAUUUAAAAUAAUUCUUACUUAGACAUACUCUGUUUUUUAGUUUGACACUUAAAAACUUUCUUGCUAAAGUUCUGAAGCCCACAUACAAGAAAAGCCUUUUAUUAUCUUAUGCAAUCAUAUUAAGACUAAUCUCACCGCUAACACAUGAAUAGAUAGAGAAAAUGAUUACAUGUCGACUUAGGUCAAAUUCACGCUGUACCUGCUGUGCACAAUGUGAUAUGAGUAUAACUAAUGUUACCAAAUAAAGUUGCUUAGUGGUUCAAAUUUAAAACUUA